GGAGCAUCUUCGCCAGAGGUAUCACAUGGCCGCCAGUUGUAAUUUAUGAUAAGGUCUUCGUCUUCAGCUCCCUGAUAGCGAGCGUCAUCUUCAACUUCUUGAUAGAUCUUUGUGUUUUGAUGAGAGUCUUCUAUUGCAGCAGCACGAAGACGAGACUCACGCUUUAUCUAGUCAGAUGUUCUUUCUGGGACAUAGGAUGGAACUCGGAUAGACUCCUCGACGUAUGUAGUAUCGUCAACAAUGAUCGCGCACUCAUUCGCCUCCAACACAGCCGCGUGGCGUCCCGUUGGAGGCGCAGUGCUUGUAGUUACAGGUGUCGGUGGCCUGUGCGCCGCGCUGUGGAAAUUGAAGCUAAAAGUAAGAAGCACACAGGGAGCUAACGCCGGGGAGUUUCAGUUCGAGGCCGGAAGAGAUAAUGUCGGGAAAAAGGCAGAUGCCGUUGGAGCUGGCACGGAAGUCGAGGAAGCCCGAAUGUCAAUUAACGGCGCGCAAACGAGAGGGGCCGACGCUAAAUCGGGGUUACCAAUGUGCGAAAAUGGUCCAGAAGAGGUCGGGCUUUGUAGGAAGCGGCUGGCAGCGGUGAAGAGCUGGAGCGAUGGAUGGGUGGCGUCAGGCAAGUUCCCCGGCCUUCUCACCGUGAUUCUCCGGAAAGGGAAGAUAGCUUUCGCCCACGGUUCAGGUUUUGCGGACAGCGAGCACCGAAUGCCGUUUCAGCUUGAUACCAUCGUUCGCAUUUAUUCCAUGACAAAGCCAGUAGUUGCAGUGGGCAUCAUGAUUCUUUAUGAACGGGGCCUGUUCCAGCUCGACGAGAAGAUCGAACAGUACUUGCCAAGUUUCGCUCAGCCGGUCGUGAAGGAGGAGCGGCCAGAUGCUCCCAAAAAAUUCGUCUUACGGCCAGCUUCGUGCGAGAUCACGUUUCACCAUCUGCUCACGCACACGUCGGGCCUGGCCUACGGUGAGGAGGAUGAGCAUGAAGACGACAGUAAAAUAAAAUCAAAGUAUGACCCACCUCCUGUCGAGAGGGGGAGUGCCGCGAGCACCGCCAGUAGCGCGGACUACCUAUCUCCUUCGUCGCUCGCUGAUGAAAGCCUGCAGAAUCCCGCUUUUUUUCCCCUUGGUGGCGUCGAUGGAGACCGGCCACUGGCAACGACAGGAGAAGUGAACUUGGGUUACACUCGUAGAGGAUUAGGCGGGGCAGAUUUCAAAAGUCUCUCGUUGAGCGACUUCGUGGACAGACUAGGACGCCUGCCGCUCGCGUUCGACCCCGGAACCAGCUGGAAAUACUCUUACAGCUACGAUGUGCUCGGCCGCCUGAUCGAAGUAGUUUCGGGGCAGACCUUAGACGAAUUUCUGGAGGAAGCGAUUUUUAGGCCUCUGCGAAUGCCUGACACUGCAUUUUGGCUGAGACAGCCAGACGCCUCUCGAGUAGCAGCGUUGUAUGAAGUCGAAGAGCGACCGCCUCCGGGAGGGAUUGAAGUGGACACCGUUGAGGACCGACGCCGCUUCGAAAAGCACGAUAGCUACGCGCCUGUGAUCACACUUCGCGCACUGAAACCGCUCGCAAGCAAGAGCUCCUUUGCUGGUAUUGGAUAUACUGCAGAAACAUCAGCUUCGGAACAAUGCUUAUCAGCUGCAGCCGAGGAUGUGGCUGAAUCUGAGGCGGCGAAAGAGCAGCUCAUACCCAUAGGUGCUGCGCAGCCUUCUUCUUCACCAGGCACAAGAGGCGGCGCGCAAGUAGAAGGCUCCCCUACGUCCCCGUUGCCAGCACCAGGGGGCAGCAAAGCUACGCGGCUGGCCAUUCUGUCUCUGUGCUUACCGAAGCGGAGCGGCGUUUCACAAGAAGAAGCGCUGUUGCAAGAAAAUAAUUCACUGCCGGCUCCCGUGCUAGAAGUUCUGUUGUCGCAACUGGAUGCCGCGGGCUAUAGUCGGGUUCUGGUGGUGCUGGGCGGUGCCCGAAGGGAGAAGUACCAGGACGCCAUCGAAGAGAUGCAGCGGCAACGACGUUCUGAGCAGGACCUUCAUGUCCACGAUCUCGGGGCGGAUUACCGUGGUGGAUUCGCCCUGUCGCUGGCCAAGACCUGUGAUACUGCUUUGUUCCAACGACUCUUCAAUAUGCAAGACGACAAGCAGUUCCUGAUCUGUCGCCCGAGUCACCUUGUAGACGCUCAUCUGCUGCAGAACUUAGCCCGUAUAUCUCUGAGCAGCGUGGCGCUGCAAGCCGUAGUACUCUGCGAGAGCGACAUCCCGCCUGGCGGGUACGAGAUGCAGAGUGCAGCUGUAAAUGAUAUUCACUCCCAGGAGGAGCAGUACGAACGAAGCUCCACCCGCGUCACCCAAGGCCAAAGCGUCGGUAGCGCCGAGGCAUCUCUUGUGGGGACGGGCACGGCAUGCAGCAGUGAGGAAACCGUCUAUUUGACUCUCGAGCGUACAGUGGAAGCACCGACACCCCAUGGCCUGCUAAGUCACGCACGGACAAUUGGGACUGAGAGGGAGCACGUUGCGCGCCACGGAAUCGAGUUGCAAUUUAAAAAAAUCUUGCCGAGCGCGGUUUACUUGGAUGAUCAGAAUGGUGAUGAGCAGCAUGGUGCGGCACUAUCUUGGACAAAGCAAGCACGGGAGGGCAGCACGGCUCCGGCAUCCGCUCCCCAGGCUCCAAUCCUUGUCGCCGUGGAGAUCGGCGCCUACCUAUGCGGCACGGAGUGUUCCGCGUUACUUCGAAAGAAAAGCGACAGGAACGAAGAGUUCGGGUUGGCGGAAUUCUUCGAGACCGAAGUGAAGCUUCUGGGGACGCUGCGAGCGCAGGGGCGUCCCUGGUUCGCAGUGAAGGUAAAGAACGAAAAGGUGGAGAUUCUACGUACGUCGCGAACCAUGAUGCGACAGGGACAUGCUGCCGGCCGAUUCCAACUCGCAGCCGAUCGGCUUUGGCCCUCGCCUAAGUAUUCCGUCGCACCACGUGACGUUGAGGCUGACCUCGAACUCCCGACUGAAAAGAGAAUCGGACUUCCGGAUGACGACGUCGCUUCUUCACGAAAGGAUCUGGAGCGGCCGGCCGCGGAGGUUGUUUUCUCUGGGACGAGGAAUCACCGCCAUCGGGCGCCGCAGCAAGUGCACGUGCAGCGCUUUCGACUGAAAAAAAGACUCAAAAAAGAGCAACUCAUGAAACGCGACUCCCUCGGGAGGGGCUGCACGCCAUGGGUGGUUGGUGUACCCGGUAACACCGUGAAACAAGUGGCAGCGCCAGCGCAUGGUGCGCUUACAAGUUUAGCCGACCUCAGUUUUGGCGACGACGCGGAGAUGGAGAGGACCGAAACAAGACCACAUCAGAGCAGCAAAGCGAAACACGGAAGCACGCCGUCCGCCUCCUCCAGCAGAUACGAAUAUGAUGCCGCUCCAAGGUCCCGCCCGCCUAUGCUCAGCGGAGGCGGUGGCCUCUUAUCGACGGGUAACGACUACAUUUACGAAGAAGAUAAAGCGAAGUCGUAGUUGUGCCGGCUCCAUUCAUCUGAUGCCUUCGCCAGGUAGCGAACAUCUACUCUGCUCGUGCCUUCGCCAACAAGUCAAGUAUUUCCUUCACCUAUUAAUUUCACUAACCGACACUUUUUCCAUGAAUGCGUCCCGCUUUUGCAAUCAACGCUCAGUCCACUUCGUUUUUCACGUUAAUGGUAACUGCUUUUGCAGCGCGGCGUCCCUUCUUUGUUUUGACCAGUUCUAGCACUCCAAGGCUAACCCGCAAUCGUUUGUGCUCAUUUUCACUGAAUUAGUUCGCCUACUGUAGAAGGAACUUCAUAAGGGUAACGAAAUAUUGGCUAGCACUAGGGCAGAGUAGACGGCCCUGACUGGUGUCUUGAGAUGAAUGGACUCAGCUUCUAAGUAGUGCGAUUUUGCCAAAUGUUGCUGAACAAGGGAGAGCUCGACGGUGAGCGGGUACUCUCGCGGCGGACCGUUGAGUACAUGCGAAGGAAUCACCUCCCAACUGAAGGUCGGAAUUCGCGCCUACGCGUGGAUAUUGCCGACAUUGCAGCCGACUCAUCUUUCAGCGAGACUUCUUUUGCGGGAAUGGGCUUUGGCUUAGGAUGGAGCGUCGUGAUGGACCCCGUGAAAGCCUCCCUUCUGUCUUCUCCCGGCGAGCACGGGUGGGGAGGCAUGGCCAGCACAUUCUUUGCGCUCGACCCCGCAGAGGACAUGGCAAUUCUGAGCUUGGCGCAGCUCGUGCCAAGCGAUCGAUACCCUACCAGACGACAGCUGCGGACCCUCGUCUAUCAAGCGCUUCUCUGA